AUGCGCGCCCUUUGUUAUUUGACGUUUCUAUUUUUCAUAUUUAAAAAUGGAUGUGCUCAAGACGUUUAUGAAGAAUUAUUGAAUGAAGAAGUGUUGAAAUUAAUACAAUUGUGUGAAGUUUGUACGUGCAGUGAAAUUCCGGAUAUCGAUAGGACUCACAUAGUGUUGUAUGUUCAGUGUUCAGAGUUUGAUAGGAUCGGUAAUGUUGCUGACCUAGACAAGAUCGCUUGGCCAUUGAAUCCGAACGGAUUGAAAAUAUCGGCAACGUUCGAUGGACUGGGAUUGUCAACAUUGGGCAAAUUGCCGCCAAAUUCACAAGUCGAAACGCUAAAGUUUACCAACAACGCCAUAAAAGCGUACUGGCCAGAUCCGUUCAGUGACGUUCCAAAUUUGAAAAUACUGUCAUUCUCGCACAACGAACUGACGGAGAUCACGCCAGACCUAUUCACAAACAUAGAAGGAUUGGAAGAUCUUGAUCUGUCGCAUAAUAAACUGUCAGAAUUUAAUACUUUAGAUUUCAAACAUUUACGACAUGUGAAGAAAUUAAGUUUGUCGAGCAAUAAUUUGAAGAAGAUUCCCUUGGAUGCUCUGCAGCCUAUGACGUCACUUGAAGAGCUGGACGUCAGUAAGAAUGGAAUCUUUGACUUGUUGCUGCAAAGAAAUGAUGUUGAGAAUCUAGCUCGGUUAAAGAGAUUGAAUCUUAAUGACAAUAGAAUUAGAUCCAUAACGAAGGAUUCCUUCCCCGCCAAUAACAGCCUAGAGCUAUUGGACUUAUCAAACAACAUCAUAGAAAUAGUGGAAGAAGAAUCCUUCCUAACCUGCACGAAUUUAAGAGAAUUGAACCUUGCGCAGAACAAUAUAACGCUGCUUUUCGCUUUGCCGCCGACGUUGCAGAUUGCUAUACUUAAAGUGAAUACUUUAUUCCAUUGGCCUAAGUUCCCUAAUGGUAUAAAGUACAUAGAUCUCUCAUAUAAUAGGCUAUCAGAGUUAUAUGAUGAGAAUUCGGUCAAUUUUGACAGUUUGGAGGUUUUAAACAUCGGAGGAAACCAAAUAAAAGAACUGACAAUAGAAAAGAAACUACCAAGCUUAUACAUCCUAGACUUAUCUUACAACCUCAUUACAGAAAUACCAAAGACAAUAAGCACACAAUUUUUCCCUAAUUUAGAGGAGCUUCAUUUAGAUGGCAACCCCAUAGAGGCGGUUUAUUUUAAAAAUAUAAUUGCAGUAAAGAGUUUGUAUAUGAAUGAGAUGAAGGCUCUGAGUGUUGUCGAUGAGAAGGCGUUCAGUAACGUGGUUGGUCGAGCCGCAGAUGAGACGGAGAAUGAAUUGAACUGUUUCUCUCUCUAUCUCUCUAGUUGUUCCUCAUUGGUUGAAAUUAAGCCGGGAGCUUUUGAUGGGACGUCGUUGUGUAUGCUGGACAUAAGCAAGAACAACUUAACGUAUCUACCAAAGACUUUAGUGGAAUGGUCGUCAGUGAGCGAGGGUGUGAACCUGCAACACAAUCCAUGGGACUGUACCUGCGACAUGCAGUGGGUGGUUGAUGAUCUACUGCCACAGAUGUACGCUAUGAACCAGUCGCAUCUGCUGGCUGAACUUAGGUGUGGCAGUCCUCGUGCCUUCGAAGGUCUCCGGCUGGUGCACUGGUACAACUGGACGGAGCGCGCCAUGUGCAGUGAGCAAUAUUCACGGAGUGGGAUGCAUGGGAACUACAUGUUGGAACCAUCAACGGAAAACAAUCUACAGAAAUUCAGCUCCUUAACUAUAAUCUUAGGAGCGUGUAUCAUAGUAACGUUACUGAUAGCGAUAGCGCUGGCAGUGUAUUUGGUGAAGACACGCAAACAAUACCGCGUGCGUCGCGCCGCCAUGCGCAGGAAGCGACAGAGCGCCGCCGACAUCAGCAAUGGACAUAAAGAACAGUUCACUAACUUGAAUACUAGUAAAGUAUAA